CAGAUGGUAGAAGUGAAGGUCAAGCCCGACUCCGACGAUGAAGCAAAAACUGCAGUGAAGCUGGAGCCCACAUCCGACGAUGGAACAAAAGCUGUAGUAAAGCUCGAGAUCAUUUCCGAUGAUGAAAGGAAAACUGCAGUAAAAUCGGAGCUCCACUCCGAUGAUGAAGCAAAAACAGCAUUAAAGCUGGAGCCCACAUCUGAUGUUGAAACAAAACCUGAAGUAAAACUCAAACCCACACCCGAAGAUGAACUAAAAAUCGCGGUGCAGCGCUGCAAAGCCCGCGCAAGAAAACAAUGUAUCUCAGAGGCAGCUACAAGAAUGCGAAUUCACCGUUUGAAAGAGACUGAACUGGAGAAGUAUGAACGACGGUUCAAGUGCAAACAGCGGGCUACACUGAGACGUCUGAACGAGUCCGAGGAGGCGAGAGAGAAACGCUUGUCUCAGAGCAGAAUGCGAUCGAAGAUGAUACGAGAAAGUCUGACUGAAGAGCAGAAAAUGAUGCGUAGACAAGACAGUAAGGAACGAGCGAGAAGGAAACGUGCAGCUGAGACAGUAGAAGAACGGGAAAACCGGAAGAGGAGGGACCGAGAACGCGGAAUCGUUCGUAGAUAUCUGGAAGAGAUGCGUGCUCGAGAGUAUCAAGCCGAGUACCCGAAUGUGCUUCAGGAUAUAUCAUUUGACGCGGAAAGAGCGAGAGAAAGACGUGCCGCUGGCGCGGAACGAGCAAGAAGAAGACGCGCGACUGAAACCCAUGAAGAAUAUGAAAACCGGAAGAAGAAAGAUCGAGAACGAAAGCGUAGAUAUUCUGAAAUGAAGCGUGCACGAGAGAAUGGAGGCGUGUAUCAGAAUAUUCCACUAAAUGCAUCGAUGCUGCUAGGCGCAGAAAACUCGCAUGAAGAUAAUUUCCGCGUGUUUAUCACUCAACUUAUUUGAAUUUCAAACACCUUUGUUGUUAUGGAAAUUAUUGCUAUGUACAAGUGUUUUCACAAAUAAAGAACCUCGGAUGUUUGCAUCUA